UGGCUGUCAAGUCCGUUCUGCGCAUGUUCGCACAUUCCUUUCUGUGGGCCCACAGAAAGGAAUUUUAAUCGAAUUAUAUCCCUAUACGCAUGCGCAUUUAGUCAGGAGCAAGCUGACACAAAACACAUGCGUUCAACAUGGAGGACUCCGAAAGCUCUUCACGCGUUAGUGCCGAAAGCUCUGCGAAUUUUAGCCUCCCAAGCAGCGAAGAUGCAAAGACUAAACGCAAGGAUUACAUCGCUAAACGAGAUUCGACGAAAGUAGCUCUUUACGAGCAAUUUCAGCGUUGGCGAUCUCUAAAAGAAGAGCUGGACUUGAAGACAGACAAACAACUGGCUGAAAUGCUUUUAGAUAAUUACGAAAAAGGUGCCCGUAUUUCGAGUGACGCGGAGACACAGACAAACAUUGAAAGCAGAGCUGCGGAUUUGGUCAGCAAUGCCUAUGGCCAUUAG